UUACGUGCUGGGGGCCUGGGAUCAGGAAGAUGAAGAUUUUCCCUUCUUUUUGCCCCUUGAUAUGGAUUGUUUGGUAUCACAAGCUUAUGUCGUGGCGUUGCCUGUCAAGAGGCAGAAGAGAAGCACGUCUUUCACAGGAAUGUCAGGAAUGAACAAAAGGCACGGCGCUACAGGCUUAGAUGUUGAUAUCCCCAUAGACAGUGAAGUAUCACGGCAAACAAAUUAAUAUAACAUUGUACAUGA